CUCUCUCUAUUUCUCCCCACAUACUUUUUGUGGUUCACAGUCAUAGUAGUGCAUUUUUUCCUGUCUUCACUAUUUCAUCAAUAAACUGUCACUGAAUCGAAGUCAAACCUGUAAUCGAAAUCCAUACUCAAAAAUGGAUUCUGAAUCCGAUAAUCAGCUUCACAUUUUCUUUUUUCCGUUUGUUGCUUACGGUCAUAUGAUACCAACAAUAGACAUAGCUAAACUGUUUGCUGCUCGUGGUGUUAAAACCACAAUCAUCUUAACACCCCUUAAUGCAUCCGUCUUGUCCAGUUCUAUAGAUCGAGGAAGAUCACUUGGGCUAGAUAUUCAUAUUCAAGUUAUAAAAUUCCCUGGUGUAGAAGCUGGGUUACCUGAAGGAGUGGAAAGUUGCGAUGACAUGACUUCACCUGAGAUGGUUCCUAAAAUCUUCUUAGCGGUCAAGAUGCUCCAAGAACCCUUGGAACAGCUAAUUGAAGAGCACCGGCCAGAUGUCAUUGUUGCUGAUAUGUUUAUACCUUUCGCCACAGAAGCUGCAAGCAAGUAUGGUAUUCCGCGAUUUGUCUUUCAUGGAACUAGCUUUUACUCUCAGUGUGUUGAGGAGAGUUUAUUCUGUCACAAACCUUAUGUGGGCGUUACAUCAGAUAGAGAGCCAUUCUUAGUACCAGGUCUUCCGGAUAAGAUAGAGAUGACCAGGCUACAGUUGAAUGUGCAUUUUAAAGUCGAAAAUGGGUUUUUUACUGAGGUUCGGAACCUAUUUAGAGAUGCAGAGCAAAAAAGCUAUGGGAUUUUGGUGAAUGGCUUCAACGAGCUGGAACCAGCUUACGCAAUGCACUACAACAAAGUUCUGGGCAAGAAAGCAUGGGCAAUUGGCCCUGUUUCCCUGCGAAACAGGGAUAGCGUGGAUAAAGUCCAAAGGGGGAAGAAAACCGCCAUCAAUGAACAUGUUGUUUUGGAAUGGCUUGACAGCAAGAAACCAAAUUCUGUUCUUUACAUCUGUUUUGGGAGUAUGGCCAGAUUCAGUAAGGCGCAGUUGCUUGAAAUGGCAGUUGGUCUCGAGGAUUCCAGAAUUUCUUUCAUGUGGGUUAUAAGAACAGUUAAGAGAGAAGAGGAAGAGAGCUUCUUACCUGAAGGUUUUGAAGAUAGAAAGGAGGGCAAGGGGCUGGUAAUUAGAGAAUGGGCGCCGCAGGUGCUCAUACUGGAUCAUCCAGCAGUCGGAGGGUUCAUGACUCAUUGUGGGUGGAACUCCAUACUUGAAGGUGUGAGUGCUGGGGUCCCCAUGAUCACUUGGCCUAUGUUUGCAGAGCAGUUUCACAAUGAAAACUUCAUUACUCGGGUGUUGAAAAUAGGAAUUCCUGUUGGGGUUGAGAAGUGGAAUGACUGGAUAGAUGCAGAAGAUGUACAAGUGAAGAAAGAGAAGAUAGCGAAUGUGAUCAGUCGACUGAUGGGUGAUGAAGAAGAAGGAAAAAACAUGAGAAUGAGAGCGAAAGAGCUCGGUAAGAAGGCCAAGGUAGCUGUGGAAGAAGGUGGGUCAUCUUAUGAAAAUUUAUCUGCUUUGAUUCAAGAGCUCGAGAUGGUUAAGGCAUCAACUACAAGACGCAGAGUUCCAUAGUCACAGGUUUUCCACUUGUCUAAUAAUUAUGUACUGUAUUGUAUCAAUAGCAACAAAUCACUCUAUCACAAGUUCUUUAUCCUUUUUAAGUAGGGAUCUUCGGCCUCCAUUUGGACAGAAAAUAACAUAGGCUGGUUGCAUGAA